UGAUCAGCUGUGUCCAAUCACAGCUGAUCACAUAGGAGAGCCGGUAAUCGGCAUUCCGCGGAGGGGACAUGUACACUGAUGAUCAUUGUGCCCUGAUGAUCAGUGUAGCCCCAGCAGUGCCACCUGUCAGUGUCCAUCAGUGCCAGCUGUCAGUGCUCAUCAGUGCCACAUCAAUACCACAUAUCAGUGCCUACCAGUACACAUCAAUGCCACAUAUCAGUGCCCAUCUGAGCUGCCUUUCAGUGUCACCCAUCAGUGCCAGUCAGUGCCACCUAUCAAUGCCAAACAGUGCCACCUAUCAGUGCUGCCAAUCAGUGCCACCUAUCAGU